UGGACUCAUUUUGGACCAUCACCGUCGGCUACUUACAUGUAACAAUAACUUCUUCCUUCCUUUCUUCCUUUGACAACCUACGAUGUCUGCUUUUGAUGGGAAACUGACUAUCACAGAGAUAUUCUGGCGGGACCAUUGUAUAUGGCUCAAAGAGUGCGGCUACAAACUACGGCCCCGCCUUCAACCAGACUGGACGCCGUCUUGGACGGGGACAAACAAGCUGUCCAUGUUAUGCGAGGAUAGUGAGCGGGAAUCCCGCGCUUACAAUUUUAUGGAUGCUAUGGAUAUGUCCUCUGGAAAGGUGGUUGCGCUGAAACUCAUCAGACAUUUGGAUAACCCUCGUGAACUGGAAAUUGGCACCUUUCUCUCAAAUUCUACGGACCCUCGAAACCAUUGUGUUCCAAUCCUUCGAGUACUACCCGUUCCUAACGAGGACAAUCACACUAUUAUCGUUAUGCCAUACCUACGGCCGUGGCACGACCCCCCAUUCAGGACUACUGGCGAAGGUGUCCAGUUCUUCAAAGAGAUGCUUGAAGCACUUCAGUUCCUUCACCAUCAUAAUAUUGCACAUCGUGACGGAGGACACACGAAUAUAUUCAUGGACGCUACGGAUAUGUUUCCAGAUAGCUUUCAUCCCCAGCGAAACGACCUGAAAUACGAUUAUUCUGGUCCUGCAUCGUACUACCGACGUACUGAACGACCACCAAAAUAUUAUUUUAUCGAUUUUGGUCUGUCAAAUCGUUACAAUGUAGAUGAUCUUCCUGUUGUAGAGCCUGUUCUUGGAGGCGAUCAAACGGUACCAGAGGCCAUCGACAUAACGUCACUGUGCGACCCAUUUGCUGUCGAUGUAUAUUAUCUUGGCAAUGCGCUGAGAGCCUUCCUGCCCGAAGGUACCACUGCAAACCACAAGAUUCGAAAAGGGCUCCGAGGAAUGAAGUCGUUUGGUUUUAUGAAGCCUCUUGUGAUGGCUAUGGUAGAACCUGACCCUGCAAAGCGCAUCAAGAUCGACGAAGCUGUCGAAAGAUUUACGGCUAUCGAGAAUGGCCUGAGCGCGAUGACGCUGCGAGGCCGAGUUGCUUAUAGCAGUGAACCUUUUUUCCUGCGCCCAUUCAGAGCUGUCAGUCACUGGGCGUGGACUCUGAAGCUAAUUGCGCGAGGAGUACCUGCUGUUCCUCAUCAGAGUGCUUCAACUCACUGAAUCCGCUGCUGUCGUUCUCGCUUUCAUGAUAUCCCUGCUAUCGCUUUCCUUUUGCUUAGAUGAGUAUAUGUAUUUUGAUUCCAGUAUCUACAUGACAUCUUCGGCAGCUUUUAUCCACCCCUUAAACCGAUGGCAACAAUAUCCGGUGUCUGGCUUCAUUUCCUUGACCUUCAACUGUAGAAUCGUGUUUCUGUCCACUGCUAUCUCCGUUGCUUUGAACAACUGUCGGACAAGUGCUUAGACAUGGGCGACGAUAUCGUUCCUCACUUCUUGUGGGCCCAGCCCCUUGCAUGCAGUUGUCACUUCAAUGACAUGAGCAAAUGUUCUGUUCGGCGUUGGAGAUGCUUUUUUAUAUUUGUCCUCAUCUCUCUGCGCGUUCGAAUCAUCUUUAUCGAUAAUUUCAACGUAUUUAAUUUUUACAAUUGCAUAUGACGUCAGCACACACCCUUUUA